CAAAAUCAACUGGGUUUUUCUAUUUUUCUUCUUUUAAGCUACUAGUCAACGAACUUAAGUCAUAUAGAUGCAACAUCAAAUCUCCAUUCCUUUCAUCAUUUGCAAACUGUUAUCUCCUACUUUUCAAAUUUCUUUCAGGGAUAAGGAUGGAGAAGAGAGCAGAUCUGAGGUCAAUUAUUCAGUAUUUGCCUCUUGUAGCUCAGUCUUCAUCGCUAGUUUGGCCGCCUUCUGUUGAAGAAGAGCUCCAAACAAUGUCUAGAGGACCAAGUGAGUCAAUGGUUAACUCGGGAGAGGCUCUUGCCUUGCAUAUCACGACUAUGCGGAAAUCCCUCUCCUUGAAUUCAAAUGAUCUAGCACCUCAUGCGUUACAAGGAUAUGCUCAAUUCUUUGACAAGAAAAUUUCCAGAGAAGAGUCAGCCAACUUUUUUGGUGAGGUGGUUCCUCCAUUGUGCGGCUUACUUCUUCAGUUACCUUCCAUGUUAGAAAAACACUAUCAGAAGGCAGAUCAUGUUCUUAAUGGCAUUACAUCCGGGCUUCGUCUAUUAGCCCCUCAAGAAGCUGGAAUUGUGUUACUUAGCCAGGAGUUAAUUGCAGCUCUACUUGCAUGUUCUUUCUUUUGUUUGUUCCCUGAAGUUGACCGACGCUUAAAGAAUCUUCAAGGAAUCAACUUUGAUGCUUUGUUUUCGUUUCCAUAUAUGAGUCACUGCACGAAGCAAGAAAACAAAAUAAAGUGUCUCAUCCAUUACUUUGGAAGAAUAUGUCGAUGUAUGCCCACUGGUUUUGUUUCAUUUGAAAGAAAAAUUCUUCCACUGGAACACCAUCCUCACUUUGUUUCUUAUCCUGAGGCUGAUUCAUGGGCUAAUUCCGUUACUCCACUUUGCUCCAUUGAGGUUCACACCUCAGGAGCUAUAGAAGAUCAACCAGGUGAAGCACUUGAAGUGGAUUUUGCAGAUGAGUAUUUUGGAGGACUUACUCUGAGUUAUGAUACUCUACAGGAAGAAAUAAGGUUCGUGAUCAACCCAGAACUUAUAGCUGGAAUGAUCUUUUUGCCUCGUAUGGAUGCAAAUGAAGCAAUAGAAAUUGUUGGUGUUGAAAGAUUUUCGUGUUAUACAGGGUAUGGACCUUCAUUCCAGUAUGCUGGCGAUUACACAGACAAGAAAGAUUUAGACACUUUCAAGAGGCGAAAAACGAGAGUCAUAGCUAUAGAUGCUCUUCCUGGCCCAGGAAUGGGACAGUACCAACUUGAUGCCCUCAUUCGAGAGGUUAACAAAGCUUUGAGCGGUUUCAUGCAUCAAUGCAAAUAUACAAUGGCUGGAUCUCUUAAGAUCCCACUUAAGACAGACAGUAACUAUACACAGCUUGAGGCAUCAUCGUCUAGGUAUGUUCCUCAUACUUUAGAUUCGGAAAAUCAAGUUGUAGAAGGCUCUCAGAGAUGGUGUAUCGAUCACGAAGAAGAGAAGAAGAUUGGUGUAGCUACAGGGAACUGGGGAUGCGGUGUGUUUGGAGGUGAUCCAGAACUAAAGAUCAUGCUUCAGUGGCUUGCCGUUUCACAGUCAGGAAGGCCCUUCAUGUCAUACUAUACCUUUGGCCUCCAAGCCCUGAAAGAUCUCAAUCAGGUGAUCGAAAGGGUUGCUUUGCAAGAAAUGACUGUAGGAGACCUAUGGACAAAGGUAGUUGAGUAUUCUUCAGAGAGGCUCAGCAGAAGAACACGGCUUGGCUUCUUCUCGUGGCUCAUAACCUCAUUGUCUACCUAGAGGACCAUUUGAGCCAAAGUUAUAUACUGUACUAUAUUUUUCUGAAUUAUGUUGAGAUAUAUCCAUGUCGCUGUUUGUUUCUGACCUCUGAAGUAUAAUAAUGUAAGGCAGUAAAUAAAGUUUGUUUGUUCCGAUCUUA